AUGGACAACAAAUCCAAAACAUGUUUCGGAUGCGCCAAGAGGAUCUUCACGGCAAAGCUGGAGAGUCUCAGGUUAGUCACUUUACCAUGUGACUUUGAAGUUUCCGACAUAAAGCACGGGGGUUCGACCACUCUCCAUGAGAGAGAAGAAAAUACGACCAUGCUCAAAGAGAUGGAAGAAGGUGGAAUUGAACUCUUCCACCGAGAGCCCACCACAUCAACCCCCUCAUGGGUACAACCCACUAGACCCAAUAAAACAGAGGUGGUGGCGAGAGGGAAAUCGGAAUGUGUAGCAAGAGGUUUCCCGAUCUUAGGAGUAGCGAAGGUGAGGGACGGUGACACGGUCUGUGGAGCAAAAUAUGAAGCUGGAGACUGGGACGGAGGCGACGGAUCAGGCGGGAUUGGUGGAUCUAGAGGCUCCAUCAGGAAAAGAGUCCCGGUCAGAUCCAUAACAGUUGGUGACGAGUGGGGUGAGUUCACAACAAUCGUUCCAGUUCUACGAGCCAUGGGACAGCUCGAGAGGGCCGAGGGACGAAACUCGUCGACAGCAAUAACUCCGGCAGAGGAGGUGGGGAUACGCUAUUCUUCAGGAGCACUUCAUGACGUCCAAGAGGAGGAGGAGCGGUGCUACAAGAAGAGGGGAAGAUCUGCACGGCACAGCCUCAGCGGAGGUGAUGCAUUUGUUGUUGACGGCGACUCCUCGAAAAAUGUGUCUGAGAGAGAAUAG